AUGGCUUCCACUAUUCAGACGGUUGAGCCCGUCAUUCAAUUGAAGGGCGAGAUUGAGCCCAAGGAUAUCACUUAUGGCUUCAUCAGAAGCAAAGUCCCAGCUCAUUGCUUUGAGCGUUCUGCACUGCGGUCAUCCGCGUAUCUGCUCCGUGACUUUGUGUAUGCUUCAGUGCUGGUGUUUCUCGCCCUGAAGAUUGAUCUUCUGCCUUCGCCGACUCUCCGAGUUGCCGCUUGGAUCCUUUAUGGCUUUGUCCAAGGCUGCGUUGGCGUUGGAAUGUGGAUUAUCGGCCACGAAUGUGGUCACGGUGCCUUCUCUGCAUACAACAAGCUCAACAAUGUUGUUGGCUGGGCUGUGCACUCUCUUCUCAUGGUGCCUUUCUUUUCCUGGAAGAUCACCCACGGCAGACAUCACCGUUACCACGCCCACAUCGACAAGGAUGUUGUCUUUGUGCCUCCCACUGAAUCUGAAGUUCAGAACCAAAAGCCCACUCUGGUCAGCAAGUUUGUGGAGCUGGUCGAGGAGACUCCUCUCUAUCACGCUAUCACUCUGCUCGGACACCAGCUUUUCGGAUGGCAACUCUACAUGCUGUUCAAUGUCAGUGCCGGAAACAAGAGUCUUCCCAAAGAAAACAGCGAGAAGAUGUUCCGGAACAGCCAUAUUGACCCCAUUGGCUCUCUGUGGACCAACUCGCAAGCUCCUCUGAUCGCCAUCUCCGAUAUCGGUCUUCUCCUCGUUGGAAGCGCGCUCUACUAUCUGUCUGGACAGAUCGGUACCUGGAAGGUCGUGCUGCUCUACGUCGUCCCCUAUUUCUGGGUUCACCACUGGCUGGUUGCCAUCACCUACCUGCACCACACUCACCCUGAUGUGCCUCACUACGACGAGAAGUCUUGGACUUUCGUCAAGGGUGCUCUUUCAACCGUCGACAGACGCUUCGGCUUCAUCGGACGCCACUUGUUCCACGAGAUCAUUGACUACCAUGUCAUCCACCACCUCUUCCCCAAGAUUCCUUUCUAUCACGCGGAAGAGGCUACCAACGCCGUUGUGCCUUACCUCGGCAAGCGGUACCAUCUCGACGAGGGAAUGUACAUGAAGUCCCUCGUUGACACUUUCAGCACUUGCAAGGUCGUGACCGAUGCUGACUCCGAGGGUGCUCAUCACUGGAAGCUUCCCCAGAGCGCGGGAAAGAAGCUGAACUAG